AUGGCCAAAAAACGUAAGUUAUUUUUUCUUCAUUGCGCUGAAUAAAAAGAAAAUUUCUCAGAAGGCUCCCCGAAACGUUUCCAACAGAAGACGGCGGCCCAACUCAGUGGGUUUUUUCCUCCAACCUGGACUCAUGACUCUCAUUUCAAAUCUGGAACAUAAUCAAUAUUCCAAAUAUUUCAGAUCGUGAAGCCGCUAUCAUCCGCGAGCAACAGGAGCGAGGUAAUUUUCACUCUUUUUUUUAAUAAUGAAAGCUUCAAAAUUUAUUUUUACAAAUGAGUCGUUUUCAGCGGACUCACGCCGUGGAGGCCUUCGUCCUCAGGCUCCUCAUCCUGCCGGUCCUCAUCCUGCCGGUCCUCGUCCUGCCGGUCCUCGUCCUGCCGGUCCUUGUCCUGCCGGUCCUCGUCCUGCCGGGCCUCGUCCUGCCGGUCCUCGUCCCGCCGCUCCUCGUCCUCCGCAAGCUGCUCCAUCAGCUGCUGGUAAAUCAUCAUAAUCAGAUCUCAUUAAUUCAAUACAAAAAUUAGAUUAACCACGUCAAAAUUUCCUUGUUUUUUUUAAAUUGUUGCAAUUCAAUCUAUUUUUUCCUGGCAUUAGCUGAAAAAUGUAACUCUUACUUUUGAUAAAUUACCGAAUUCAGUCGAUGAAGUGCAACCGGAAAACGAAGCUGUCGUUGCUGCGGACGGGCCCGAGGAACCUGCCGUCGAUUCUCUCGCCGGCAGGCCCGUUUCUGGCAGCGCCAUCGCCAGUAAGUCUCUGCAAGAUUCAGAAUUUCCAGCUCCAUUUUUUAGCAAAAGCACCGUUUCAAAAUAAGAAAGCUUUACAACGUUUUUAAAUGAAAAGACAUUGAGAUUUGAUUCCAGUAAAAAUCAAAGAGUUCAAACUUCAAUAAACUAUUUGAGAAAUCUUCUCGCUGGAUGACCGUUUAGAUCAAUUCAGUAAAUAUUUAUUCAAGUCUGAUAGAUUUCUCAGCAAAGCUUCAUUCAAAAAUAAUGAAAGAAUCGAAAAAAAUUUUUAUUUUUCGAGUAUGCAAACGGAAGUUUCAGACGUCGCCAUGCAAGCGGGAAGCUCUGAAAGCUUGAAUUCAAGUGGACCUGCAACCAAACGUCAAAAGCUCGUGGAUAAAGCGACUUCGCCGUUUGGUAGGCGUUUCAUUUCAUCUUUUUCUGGGUUGAGUGUCUUGGGAAAAAAAUCUCCUCAUUCGUGAAUUGGCCGGAAAUUGUCAAGCUUUGUGAAGUUUGAGAGAAUUUUUUCCAGUUGCACCGAAAAGUUUUGAUCCGUCGUCGAAGAAUGAAGAGCACACCAACCAGUCUCAUGAUUUGACGCGUCGCGAAGGCGAUGUUAUCGUCCGGAUCGCGCCGAAUGAGAGCAGUGACAGUGAGAUAUUUGCACAAGAAACAUUGAAAACUAAACUUAUUCCAGAUUCUUCGGCUCCUCCUCCAUAUAUCUAUCUAAACGGUGUUCGGUACCGCUGGGCUCCUGUUGCAGUGGAAAAUGGACAUGAGUCGACGGAAUCUACAGGAGAAUUUUCGAGCGCUUCUGUCAUGGGUGCGUCUGAAAAUUUUUUUGUGAAUAAACAGAAAUAAAAAAGAAAUUUGCAUUAAGAAGCCAAAAACCGCUAUAAAUCCGAUUCAGCAGUCUGGUCAAUUCUGUUUUUUGCUAGCCAGUCAAAUUCGAAUUUUCUAAUGAAGCGGAAAAAGCUAAAUUCAGCAAAUAUGUCCUUUUGAAGACUAUAGAACUACAAAUAUGAGGUUCUUCUGAAGAUUACCAUGUUUCGUGAAACAAAUUUUUAAGAAUUCUCAAACUUUUGGGCCUGUAUUUUAUUCGCAAAGUCUUCAGAGACGAUGAACUCCAUCGGCGACGGUGUUUCACCUGCCAUCGUUUCUCAAGACGACGGCAGACGAAGUUCUGCUUCGUCGGUCGUCACGGCUGGUGAGUUACGCGGAAAUGUUUGAACUAAAGUUUGCAUACGUUGGUUUCUUUUCCAAAAAAAGAUAAAAAAAAAAGAGUUUCUGAUUCCUAAAAUCUGAAUGAGUGUUUUUUUCUAAACUUUCACUUCUGUAUUCAAUUUGACAAACUUCGACGAAGAACUUUGAGAAAAAAGAUCAUGGUCUUUUUUGACUGAACUUUUCUUUCAAAUAUGCAUAUUACUGAGUUUCAGAAGAACCGAGCGCAGUCUCCACGCAGGCGCCACCAACUCAAGCCUCAAACACUUCCGAAUUGGUUUCGCCAACCUACGGAUGUCAGUUUUACCCGAAAUGAAUAAUAUUUCAGAGAAUAUAUUUUGGCAAAAUUUUGGAGUUCACUUCAAACGAAUUUUCAUUGAGCUAUGAAAGCCAAAUUGAUUUUUGGGUUUCAGACACGAACAUCAGCGUUGUGCAAGUCUCCUUCACGAGCAAUGAGUCGAGAGCCGCGAACUCGGAACCGUCCAUCAACAGCUCGACGGCAAUUUCGUAUGACGUCACUCAAAGAAGCGACAGACCGACCCAAGUCUCGUCGAUCUCAAUUGGUAGGUUAUUCAAAAAACUUGCUCAUAAUCUAAAGCAGGUGCGCAAAAAUGAAUAUUUUUCAACGAAUAUCGUGUGAUUCAAACUCAUCUUGUUCUGUUCAAAACGUAUUUUGAAUGACACGCGAGGAGAUAAAUUACUUCGAAUUCUCAAGUUUAAAUGAACUCGCGGAUUUCAGAGCGUGAAUUGAACAUCAGUGAAGUCAACGGAGAAGUGAGCAACUUGACUGGCACACCGUCGUUCGUUGCCCAGAGCAGCGGCUGGCCCAGCCAAGUGUCCUCGCUCGUUUCGACUUGUGAGUCAUUUGAAAAAUCCAGCGUUUCAUAACAAAAGCCUCUCGCAUAAAUUGAUUAUUUUCUAGAAAAAUAACAACCCUCUCCUUUUAAGAAGCUCUUGAUUAUUUUUCAUUUUCAUAGUGUGAAACGGUAGUUUGAAGAUAGAGAAAUAUCAAUUUUUUUGUGAGAAAAUGAUUCGAAAUAAAUGAAAUGGAUAAAAAAAUUAAACAAAAACUGAAAUAUCCAAUCAAAGAGUCGGAUUGUUCCCUAUUAGUUCGUCUCACUGCCUUUCAAAAAACAAAGAUUUUCGAGAAUCGAGUUUCAGAUUUUCGAACUCCGACGUCGCCGCUCUUGCUCUCCACGCCGGCCGACCAAUCUCAACCGAUUCCAUGUGAUCUGACCGUUGAGAACGACGUCUCGCCGGGUUUUUCCCAUAUUUCCAUUCUGUUACCAAGAUUCUGCAAUUCAGAUCACAUCGGGCACGUCUCUGUCGAUCAUGGAAGUGAUGGGUUGGCUGGAGAACCUGCCGACGUCUCAAGCGCCGGCAGGCCCAGUCUCCUGUCGAUCACAACCGGUAUGUUACUCGGAAGUUUUAGCGUUUCCAUUCGAAAUUUCGGAAAAAAAAAUCACCUUUCUCGAAAAUUUCUGGCAGCGGGGCUUUUUUAACAUUGUUGAAACCGAUUUUGGUUGUAAUGAAAAGGAACUCUAAUUAUCAGCUCUUCUGAGAUUUCACUGACAACCUUUUGGAUUGAUCCAAACCUAGAGAUUUUUUGAAAUCGAACUUUUAGACAACGACGCUCCGAUCUCGCCAUUGGUGACAUUCACUCCGAUUGAGAGCCUCGACAUCGUUUCCCACCUCUUGCACAAUCGGAACAUCGGUUUGUCUCGUUUUUUCGUCAAGCUCAGAUCCAACUGAAGAUAUAUUUCAGACGGAAUAAGUAUAUACUUCAAAGAAAAACAAAAAGCUAGCUUUCUAAAAACAAAAAUGAAUUUUCCGUAAAAUGUACCUAUUUUUAUAAAUUGAUUCCCGUUUCCGAAAACAAGUGUUUUGAAUUUCAGUUCUGAAGCUGAUGAAUACCUUUUCAGAGCCCCCACGAGAUCCCAACUUGCCCAAGCCAAUGCCGACGUUUACCGCCUUUUCUUCGCAGGAGCCGGUUCACUUCUCGGUGAUGCAUAAUCGAGGUCUCCCAUAGUUUCCAUAUGAAAGUAUCUUUCACAAGAUCUUCGACCAAAUACUCAACAUUUGAACAACCCAAUUUCUUCUUUGGUUUUAGCACCCUUUUGGAUUUUCUCUCAUUCAUCAACAUAAAAGUUCUUAUUUUUCAGCUCCUUCGAAAAAAGAUGUUUUUGCUUUCUCCUAGUUGUUCAGUCGUGUUCAAACUUUGAGAGAAAAAUUGUCUUCUUCUGAAAAAUAUUACAGAUUUUUUAUGCCUUUCAUUUAGCUUCUCAAUUUUUCUUCAAACGGGUUCUCCAAUAAUCCUGUUAUUUAUGAACUUUUCAGAGAAUCGAGAGGAAAUCGGAACCGAUAUCGCAGAACUCCGUUCUCCUGGACCUCGUCGAGCUUCUCCCUUGAACCCGACUUUCGGUGAGAAUUUCCUCUCAGAUAGUUCCGCUGUUCUGAAUGAAGAUACAUGAACAGGCGCAUUAUUUUUGUGAGAUAAAACAACUGUUUUAAUUCUAAAAAUAAAACAAUGUUCAGCAGGAAAAAGCAGGAAAUAAGAAGUUUAAUUCAAUUAAAACUACUUCUAAAUCGUGAUUUCGUUGAACCUUUGUUCUAAUAAAAAAGGAAGGACACGUCAGAAUAGAAACUUCUCAACUUACAGCAGAUAGUCGGAUUAAGACGAUUCAAAAAGUUCAUAUGGGUAGUCAACAUCAAGAAUUCCAUGCAAAAUUUCAGAAAUUUUGAGAAGAGGAAAGAAAAUCACAGAAGAAACUGCCUUCUUCAUUUUUUGUUGAAUUAUUGGUUUUUAUUCGCAUUCUAAUCAUUUAACUCUUUUUGCUUUUCUUGCUAAGCUUGAAAAAGCAUGUUUCGAGUUGUAGAAAAAAACCAUAUAUCAAGAUUUCAUAUUUCUUCCUAGGGAUGAGUCCGACUUCUCAAGACAAUCUGCACUCGGUUCGGAUUCCGUUCCCUUCGCCCGUAGCGUCGAAUGAACCUGAGACGGUGGCCGAAAAUGACACCGCGGAGGUAUUUUUUUAGAUUUAUAUGUUUUUUUCGAAAAAAAUAAUUCAAAUCUUCUCGGAGUUCAAGAAAUGAUGAAGACCUGUCGUUUCAUUUCCUUCGAUAUCCGUUUCUAAAAACCGAAUAUGAAAGUUUUUCUGUGUGAAAAGUAUGACCUGAGCUCAGAGAACAGUUCUGAUUCAGGCUCAUUUCUUCGAAAAUGAAAAAUGUUCGUGGCAAAGUGGAUCAUGUCGAAAAAGUGAUAAAAAAAAAAAGCAAAACUUUGUUUUUUCUCCUUGUUUCCAAACACUGUAGUCGUUUCUUAUCCGAAAUCUUCUGGGAAACUAGAUGAGAAUAGAAAAAAAACUUUUUCAUCAAAACGCCCAGUCUAUUUCUAUCCAAUAUCCGUCUUCAUGAUUCAUUUUAGGCCGAUCCUGUGGCGGCAGAGAGCGUCGAUCCCGAGGCGGGAAAUUCCAAGGAUUAG